GCCGACGUUGUGAAAUCUCACGUGAGCUUCCGACACGCUUUAAUAAUCCAUGGAAACUUGAAGAUUUCCGGGAAGCACCUACUUACUUACAAUCAUCUGCACCCUUACAUAUCCUCCUCUUGUUAGUCUCGCAAAGCAGCUACGAAUUCGAUCACUUAACCUCACUUUGCUAUGCUAGGACGGUUUCGAUCUCUACUAUUUGGUCCACCUUUCGAUCCAUCUUCACUGCGCGCUACUAUGUCAUCGGCCACCAACGCGUCUACCGAGAUAGCUACCUUCGCAGCAGGCUGUUUUUGGGGCGUUGAACACAUUUUCCUGAAACACUUUCCACCCAAGGAGAACAAGGGUAUUAUAAAGACAGCUGUAGGAUAUACCGGGGGGAAAGAGACAGUGACUAAUCCCGGCUAUAGAGAUGUUUGCUCUGGAGAAACAGACCACGCCGAGGCGUUGAGGAUUGAGUUCGAUCCUACAAUCGUGUCUUAUGCUGACCUUGUUGAAUUCUUCUAUCGCACGCAUGAACCCACAACUGUGAAUCGCCAGGGAAAUGAUCGUGGCACUCAGUACCGUUCCGCAAUCUUUGCAAAUACACCCAAGCAACUCGAAACUGCUCUGGCUGUGACAGAGGAAGUCCAGCAAAAGCAUUUCACCCCCAAGGGAGAGAAGAUUGUCACCCAAAUCGUAGAGGCUGGCCCAUGGUAUGACGCCGAGGAUUAUCAUCAGCUUUAUCUCUUUAAGAAUCCAAACGGGUAUCAGUGUGCAACACAUCGCCUUCACUGGUGAUCACUCGACACUCGGCGCUCAGCCUUGAAUGAUGAAUGUAGCCCUAUGUAGCCGUAUUUCCUGAUGUAUUGUCAGUGUAGUGUACUGAGGGCGUACUUAAACUUUGAAUGUAACUUUAAUCGAUCUCGUGACAUUGUCGGA